AUGGAAAAUUCUAAAAGCGAAAAAAAAGGAAAAGUAAUUAAGGGUAUUGAAAAAUCAUUGUUUGUUCACAAAGAUGAUAAACAAACUAUGGAUGCAAAAGGAGGAAUAAGAGCUCGAAAAUUAUUCAAACCUUUACCACCUGCAAAACAAAUUGAAGAGGAAGCCCUAGCAGCGAAAAAAGCCCAAGAACUAAAAGAACUUGAAGAAAAAGAAAGAGAAGAGGCUAGUUUAAAAGUUCAUGAAGAUUAUUGUGAAGAGGUUCACCGAGUUGCUUUUGAAUAUGAUAUCAAGUUAAUAGACCUUUUCGAUGAAAUGAUAAAUGUUGGAAUGGGAUCAGAGAUAAAUAAAAUAUUUGAAAAUAAUUUUUAUCCUAAAUUAGGACAACUUAUGCGUAGAGAUGUCACAGAUUUAGAUAAAAAAUUUAUUAUAUCUUCAUUGCUAGAUUCUAAUGUUAUGAAAUUAACAAAAAACCAAAUAUGUGGGCUUUCUGCUAAAGAAUAUUUUAAAAAUAUUGGAAAUCUCCUAUGGAGAGAAGUAAAAAAUUAUGAGGGAGAUGAAGUAAUGAUGGAAAAAAUAAAAACUCUUAUUAAGAGGAAGCUUGAAUUGACAGAACGUAUUAAUGAAUUAAAAAAUAAUAAAUAA